UUUUCAGAAUAAUAGGUCGAGGGGGUGUUCGAAUUUCCAAUCAAAAAUUCAGUAUCUCAAUUUAAGACAGACUCCUUUAUUUUUGCUAUUGGUUAUUCGAAGAAAAAGGACCGAGUUUAAUAACAUAGCAACCAUCUCCAAGUAGUCGAAUUCGAAGAAGACGAAGCAAAAGAAAGCAAUCAUUAUUUCUCAGAUCUCCUAUGCGCUUUGAAUGUAGCCAUUUUCCCUUAUUUCUCAUCAUUCUCACUUGUCACAUUUCUCCAUUGAAAUCUAGUCAAAACUAUCAAUGGUCAUAUGAUUCUGAUGUUUUUGGAGGUCCCCAUUUUUGGGGUCUUGUGGAGAAAGAUUGGUGGAUGUGUAAGAAGGGAAGAUUGCAAUCACCAAUCGAUAUUCAACCAGAUCGACUUUUAUUCGAUGCUAGUGUUAAGCCAGUCAGGUUGGAUAAAUUACCGGUUGUCUCAGAAUUUGUGAACACCGGUCAAAUGGUUCGUGUUCGAAUAGGAUAUUCCUCUAAAAAACCAUCCGUCAAUAUUACAAGUGGUCCAUUAUACGGUUAUAGGUAUCGGGUUCAACGAAUCGAUUUUCAUAUGGGUCGUAAAAAUGAGAACGGAAGUGAGCAUACAAUAAAUGGACGACGAUUUCCGAUGGAAGUACAAUUAGUUGCAUAUAAUACAGAUUUGUAUCCAAAUUUUACGAGCGCCUCCAAGUCUCCACAUGGAAUUGCAAUUUUAUCAGUUUUGGUAGAUUUUGGACCUGAAACUAAUCAAGAACUCAUCAAACUAACAAUUGCAACAGCUAGCAUCAGUUACAAGGAUCAACGUGUCCAACUUGCUGAUUUCGAACCUUGGCGACUUCUUCCAUUCACUAGAGAUAUUAUCACUUAUGAAGGAUCUCUCACUUCUCCUGGAUGCCAUGAGACUGUCACUUGGAUUAUUCUGAAUCAACCUAUUUUUAUCAAAAAGGAGCAUUUCGAGGAGUGGUCACACUUAUAUCUGAGCAUGGAAGGCGCCGAGAAAGUCCCCGUUGCCCCAAAUUUCAGGAAAAUUCAAGAAACUAACAAUCGACUAGUAAGAACAAAUAUUCAGCACAAGGUUUGGAUAUUUCUUUCAUAA